AUGCCCCAAACGUCGUGUGCCCGAAAGCACUUGCGCCCAAAUGUCGAUAAAUACAUUGGUCACCCGGAAGAAAGUGUCAAGUUGAAAGAAAAAUUUCGACGAUUCAUUCAACCGUUAUACACGCUGAGUCCAGAAGAACAAGAAAUUGACGAACCUCAUCCUCAACUAGAAGAUCCUAAAAUACUGGUUAAGCUUCAAGAUACUGUUUAUUGUUUGAAACCAUUUUUUGACGUUGAUGAUUGUCUUACAUUUAUUAGUGAAAAUGCCGACAAGAAGAUAUUUUUUAUAUCUUCAGGUACAAUGGGCGAAAAGAUCGUGCCACAAAUUGCUGAAUGCUCACAAAUACAUGGCAUUUAUAUAUUUUGCGGUAACAUUUCAUACCAUGCAACAGGCUGGGCGAUGGACUACUGUGAUUAUAUAGUUUCAAUGUUGGAUCAUCAAGAUGAUUUACUCGUGCGAUUAACAAAAGAUAUCGUCGUAUAUUUGGAAGAAAAGGGCGAUGGUUAUUUAGUAAUGCAGGAAAAGCUUAAAGCGCGAAGUUGUUAUGCGUGGGCAAUUAAAUUAACAUUGCGCUCCCGACAGUUGGGCAAUAAAACUUUUAGAGAUGUGCACGAUAGGUUAAUGAAAAAGUUUGACGAUGUAGAAAAAGGUUAUGGAACGGAGAAAGAAAUGGAUUGGGCAAAUUAG